AGGUGUGAAGAUUUGGACUUAAAAUGAAGUAACUCCUUUAAUUCUGGUGUACUUAUACAUGGGUGGCAUCAGGAUAACUGAUCCAAGAUAAGGAAAGUUAUUGGUAAAAUAAAGUUCUUCCAGGGGUGUCCCUUGCUUCCACUCCAGUUUGAUAGGUUUUGAGGUGGCUACUGCAUUGAAAGAACGUAAUGCUAACAAAGCCACUGUCUUUCAAAAUCAAAACCCACCCGCUUUCUUAAAAUGAACGACACUAAAUUGAAAAAGGAUGUGGUUUUCCAUCGCUUCUUGGACAUCCUAGUUUUCUUAACAACAUGAGAAAGCAGAAAUUAAAAAAAAGAAAAACUCAGAAGGCCAGACAACAUCUGUGGAAAGUAAAACAGAGUUAAUGGCUCAUGUUGGUUCCGAUUAAUGGUUUUCAAUCUGAAAGGUAAGUUUGUUUCCCUUUCUACAGGGCAGGCUAGGACUUUAUUCCUUAGAGCACAGGAGACGGAGAGGUGAUGUUCUAGAGGUGUAUACAAUCAUGAGAGGUAUAGAUAUGGUGGAUCCACAGAGGUAAGGGAAUCAAAAACAAGAGGACACAUGUUGAAGGUGAGAGGGACAAGAUUUAAUAUGAAGGGCAAUAUUUUUACUCAGAGAGAGGUGGGUGCAUGGAACAAGCUGCCAAAGGAGGUAGUUGAGGCAGAUACUAUAACAGCAUUUAAAGGGCACUUGGACUGGUACAUUGAAAGGUAUAAUGAAGGUUUCAAAGGAUAUGGGCCAAACACAGGCAGAUGGGAUUAGCUUACAUGGGGUAUCUUGGCCGGCAUGGAUGUUGGGCUGAAGGGCCUUCUUUUGUGUUGUAAAACUAAGACUAUGACCUUUUGAACGUUCCCAGCAUUCUUGGGUUUUGCUUCAAAUUUGCAACAUUUGCAUUUUUUUACCGUUCAACACCAGAGAACAGAUUGUCUAGUUAUCACUUUGUAUGUUGUGAGAUCUUGCUAAAUCUAAAUCAACGUUGGUGUUUCCUGCAUUGUAAUUAGAAAAAAUCUGCUAAAAGUAACUCAUUAGUUGUAAAGCAUCUUUAUUUGUGAUGAGGAUGUGACCGAUAUUUAUAAUAUGGGGUAUUCUGGUCGGCAUGGAUGUUGGGCUGAAGGGCAUGCUUUUGUGUUGUAAAAAUCUAAGACCAUGACCUUCUGAGCGUUUCCAGAUUUAUAAUAUCCUUCACAUUCUUCACAUAUAAUGCCUUUUACAUUCAAUUUUGAUGAUAUAUCUCACGGAGAAAUCUGCAAAUAUUGCGUGGACGAAACAUAAUGGAAUAAAAUAAUGACCAUGUGAUGGGAAUCAGCAAGUCUGAGGAAUGGUGGGGUUUUUUCUGGUUGGUUAAAGGUGAGGAUUCAAGUUCCCACUGGCCUUGAUGUUAUGAUCAAACCUGCCAAUAAAUGAUCUGGAAAAGAGUGUCAAUAGCUUCAUCUCAAUAAGCUGUAAAUCAAAAUAUUUAGAUAUAUAUGGCAAGGAUUAAUUGUGGGAUGCUAUCAAAAAUGUAACAGAGGUGAAUAUCAGUGAGAAUGGAUAACAUUCCAGUUAAUUAAAUUAAGCCGAUCCUCUCAAAAAAGAUAUGGCAUGUUAAGAUGUAGUGUAAUUGGAGGCACAAAGACAAAGUCAAAAAAUGGUAGAUGGAAAGUGCUUGACUUUUUUGAGAAUUAGUCAAACACUGGAUUAAUUUAUUUGCAAGAGAAGUUGCAGAGGUAAUGAGAUUAUACGUUUUCCAUGUCAAAUUGGAUAAACAUCAUGAGUCAAGGCAUAUGGAUUUCUGCUGUUCAAAUAUAAUGGUGUCUCUCAGUCCUGGGAUUUUUUUUUAUCUGCCUGAGUUUUCCUACAAUGGGGAAUCCUUGUUUCCUUUGUAAUCCUCGACUUUAAAUGCUGAACAAGUGUUAAUACCACCAGACUCAUUUAUAAAGGUCAUGUGGCUUAUUUCUAGCUCAUUAAAGUCAUUAUUUUUUAUAUUUGCUACCGGGCAACUAAAUCAGUGGUCAGCACAUUUAUUAUUCCAGCAAAAGUGGAAAAUUUAGACUUUAACGCCCACCCUGAGAAAAUCAAAGCCCAGGGUCCAAUUUAAGAAAAGUCUCUUUUAAAAUACUUGUAAAUCAUAAUUAUAUAUUUCAUCUUUUAUCAUAGACUGGAUUGAGUGUUUGUGCUGGAAAGUCACCAGAUAGAACAAGCCGAUGAAUAAUUACAUCUGGACUGAAGCAAACUGAAGGGUCACCACACUCUGGUCACGAAGACCUGGCUUUCUUAUCAACUCUAUUUCUUUCACUGCUUAUUGCUGAGCAGAUGUGAGCACUGAAUAAUAUCAGGAGGAAAUUACAAGGAGGCAAUCUUUUCAAAGAGCCUUUUACCAUCCCCUUUCAACACCAUCAACAAAGCUACCUAAAGUCAAAUGUUGCAAUUAAGACUUACUUAUGUGACAGCAUUUCCGCAUGGAUAGAUAUUACUUCUUCGAUAACCGCAGAUCAGUCCAGAAGCUGCAGCUGUGGAGAGCACUUCUAUUUGCAAACUGAGAUGCUGUCAAAUGCAAGGAUGAGGCUGCUAUAGAUUGCAUUUGACUUUGCCAGCAGGAGGAGCAGGAGGAGGAGGAGGAGGAGGAGGAGGACAUCGAUGCUUGCUUCUAUCGCUUACCCGUGUCUGUGCGAUUGAGAUUGAGCCCCAGUCCCUCCGGGGGAAAAAAAAGCUGCCAGCCGCCGAGCGACGGAGAGAAGCAGCAGCAACAGCAGCCAGCAGAAGCAGCCCUCGCUCCGCCACUGAUCGGCAGCGGCCGCGGGGAGACGAGAGAGGGGGCGCGACUGAGAGGGGGAGAGGCAGCGCCGGCAGGCUUGCGACCGUCCAGCCCGGGGGCAAAGCGGGCGUCCCUCCUGCAAACCCAGCCACCAAACUCCCCGCGAACAGGCACAUCCACACAACAACACGGGAAAAAAAUUAUUUCAGAUCUAACAUGCAUUAUACUGUAUAGAGAAACAGCUUACUGUAUCUCUCAGACACACACAGUUAGACUCACACAUACCACAACCAUCGGGGACGAGCUUACAGCGAACACCCCCACCCCGCCCCCUCAACCCCCCUCCCCUCAGCACCUCUCACACACCUGAAGAAAAGUCAACUCGAAACUCUCACAGCAUGCCGCGAAGGAAACAGCAAGUACCCAAGCGGGCAGCAGUUUAUGUCCCCGAAGAAGACUUAAAGACGGGAGAACUGAGAGAAGGAGAAGAUGGCAGCCCUUCUGCAGAGGAGUUACAAGGCAAUGGUUACAUGUGCACGGAGGAAGAGGAGGAGGAAGAGGAAGACAGCAAAGGCAGCUACAGUUACCAGAAUUCCCCAAUUAGUGCAAUGUCCAACCAAGAUGCAGAGUGCGAGUCGCACAUAAGUGAUACUAGUGAUAGGUUGGCUGAUUUUAAAAGCAUUUCUUCCCGGGACGGGCAAGAAAAGGAAGAGCAGUCGAAUGGAGAGACGAAGAAUGGCCAACAGAACAGUUUGGGGGCAAUGAGAGCCGUUUAUGCUAGCUUUCUCUCUGAUUCGUAUUGGUCAAGUCUAGGCUUUGACCUCAAACAAUCAAAGGCUGAAAGGACAAGCUGCAAAAGCAGCAAUGAGAGCACCAAAAGUAGCUUUGAUUGGCACCAAGAUGCAUUAUCCAAAACAUUUCAACAGACCUCCUCUUGCAGACCCAUGCCGAAACCAAAUCUUUUCAGUUCGGUGCAGUUGUACAGGCAAAAUAACAAGUUGUUUGGGACUGUUUUCACAGGCGCCAGUAGGUUUCGCUGCAAAGAAUGCAGUGCAGCAUAUGACACUUUGGUGGAACUAACCGUGCACAUGAAUGACACAGGCCAUUACCAAGACAAUAACCACAAAAAAAAAUUGGACCACAACACCAGUUGGACAAAGUCACGGAAACGAGCCUUGCAGGAUAUGGAUGGUAUGCAUGAUGCCCAGAAAGUGUUAAAGUGCAUGUACUGUGGUCAUUCUUUUGAGUCCCUUCAAGAUUUGAGCGUUCAUAUGAUUAAAACAAAACAUUACCAGAAAGUGCCUCUGAAGGAACCAAUGCCACCAAUCGGAUCAAAGUUAGUCCCUCCCACUAAAAAGCGGGCCCAGCAUGAAGUCAAUCAGCCUUGUUCACCGGAUUCAACCACUGGAGUUGCAGGGACAUUCACAGGCGAAGCACACAAGAAUUCAAACCCCUACGUGUCGUCUAACAAUCGGUACGGUUAUCAAAAUGGUGCCAGCUACACCUGGCAAUUUGAAGCCUGCAAGUCGCAAAUUCUGAAGUGCAUGGAAUGCGGAAGCUCUCAUGAUACCCUGCAGCAGCUCACAGCCCACAUGAUGGUGACAGGGCACUUCCUUAAGGUAACAAACUCUGCAUCGAAAAAGGGAAAGCAGAUUGUUUUUGACCCUUUGGCCAUGGACAAAGCCCAGUCCAUCACAGAAGCACCGUCAAACGAGAUCCAGCCUCUGGCACCAGUCAGCAAAUUGCCGCCAGAUUCCUUAACUCCACCCGCGGUUGAAGAUAACAAAGGUGAAGAAAAGCAAGAGAUAACAGAGAACGUGGAGAAAUCACCUCAAGACAAAGACGAUUGCAAGGGGGACAAUCCAGAGAAGAUGUUUGGCUCCACGCUUCAAUAUCAAUACAUAAGAGAAGAAGAUCUGGAGGAGAGCUCGAAGGGAGGUGGUGACAUUCUCAAGUCACUUGAAAACACUGUUGCUUCAGCCAUCAACAAAGCCCAAACUGGGAGUCCCAGCUGGAGUGCAUAUCCCAGCAUCCAUGCUGCCUACCAGCUUCCAGGAAUCAUUAAGCCUAUGCAACUUGGUACUCAGAUAUUGCAAGUUAAGCCAAACCUGAAACCUAUUGCUCCAAAAGUCAGGUAUUUCUCUGUAAUUACAAGCAGCCAAAACCAAGGGCUUCAGUCCAACAACGACCAAAUCAAGGAGGAACCAAUUAGCCCGGUUCACGAACAGAUUUCAUCCAAGCUGGAAGAAAGCAAUAUCGAGAAAAAGGAUCCAAAGUUAAACCUCCAGUCUGCGCUGCUUUUGUCAUGUAAAAAGGAAAGUGAGAGCCCAAUAAAGUCAGAGACCCUCACUGAUCUCCCAAAGGCAGACUCGCCUUGUUUGAAAGAAGCUGAAGAAGUGAAGCAAAUCUUCAAGAACGAGCCUGUAAAGAGUGAAGCAGGAUCUCCAAAUUUUUCUUUAACCAAUGGAUGUUCUGGACUAACAGUCAUCACAGAUCACCCAUCUGAACACCUUUCAGUCAGCCCACUUAGUGCACUGCAGUCGAUAAUGAAUACUCACCUUGGCAAAGCGGCCAAGCCCCUGACCUCAAACCUAGACCCUGUAACGAUGCUUUGUAGACUCAAUAAGAGCCUGCUGGAGAAAUCAGCUUCACCGCCAAGUUUAAUAAAGCCAUCCAAUAUUGCUAAUAGUUAUUACUAUGAAAGCAGUGAUCAGCCAAUAGAUCUCACCAAAUCGAAGAGUGGCAAGGCCAUCCACUCAAACGCUAUCAAACCCUUUACUUCGUUACCUUCCAAACACGUGCUAUCUGAUAUUGCUGAUAUGGUAAAGGUCCUCCCAAAAGGUACGACACCAAAACCUUCUACCUCAUCAAAGAUGUCAGCGGAAAGGUUAGAGACCGACGUGAGGAGCUUUGAAGAUGUGUCAAUGGAUUUUUUACCUGUUCAGAAACGAAAAGGUAGGCAGUCAAACUGGAAUCCACAACAUCUUCUUAUUCUGCAGGCCCAAUUUGCUGCCAGUCUGUGGCAAACAGGAGAAGGCAAAUAUUUAUUAUCUGAUCUAGGUCCACAAGACCGAAUGCAUAUUUCAAAGUUUACUGGACUCACCAUGACCACCAUAAGUCACUGGCUUGCCAAUGUAAAAUAUCAAUUGAGAAAGACAGGUGGAACGAAGUUCCUUAAGAACUUAGAUACAGGGCAUCCAAUUUUCUACUGCAAUGAUUGUGCCUCCCAGUUUAGGACUCCUUCCAGUUAUAUUGGUCAUUUGGAAUUCCAUUUGGGCUUCACUAUGAAAGAUAUGGCAAAGAUUUCUGUACAGCAUGCAAGAGGGGAGCAAGAAGUUUCAAAGGUGUCAUCUGAGAAGUCAGUGAGACCAACUGUAGCAGAUGAGGACACAGGCAGCAAGUUCCAGUGUAAUCUGUGCAAACGAACUUUUGCUAGCAAGCAUGCAGUAAAACUGCAUCUCAGCAAAACACAUGGGAAAUCACCAGAGAAUCAUUCGCAGUAUGUAACUGAAAUAGAGGAAGAGUAGCAUCUCCAGGGCAGAGAUAAAGAAUGAUCACAAUCUGCAGUCCAGCAUCCUUGUCCAGGCCCUCCCCUGCAUUUACUUCAGCUGCGACGUUGAACUCCAGUUGCUCUGACCACAAAGAGCACUCAACUCCUGCAAUUACUCUUCAUUCUCACUAACAAUUUGGUAAUGAAGUAUUGAUUUUCCAGCUCGAUUCCUAUGGAUGUUAUUAGAUUUUCAUUGAUAAACUGUGCUCGGGCUCUCGACUCCCUGCUGCUGCUCUGCGGCACAUAUAACAAAGUGUUCUUUAGGGGAUAAUGGCUGGGAACAUUGAUGUGUUUAUUUCGUCAAUUGGUUACUCCUGAUGGCAAAAAAAAGGUACGAUUUUUCAAACUUUAAGCCCAAGUUUAAUGUAAAGAUACAAUCACAUUGGACACUAAUGUCUUUCCUGCUGAUGCUGACAUUGAAUUAUGGCUGAAUUGCCAGUGUGCCCCACAGCCCUCUCUUUAUGAGGGAAGCAGUUUUGUAGCCAGUACAGUUGUCAAUGUUGCACCUGGGCUUCCCACCGCAGUCUUAACAGCACAAGGGAUCAAUCUGUCUAACUAAGAAGAAAAAGACUGAUGAAGCUGUGAACAAGAUACAGCCAGAGAAAAAAAAGUGUGUACGCUGUUCAUCAUCAACGGCAACAGUGCACAGGAUCAGCUUCGUAGUGGCUAGGAACAACACAAGACAUUUUUGCGACCAGGAAGAUCAGUCUGCUGCUGUCCUUGUUUAAAAAAUAGCCUUCACUGACAUCCUGCAUCACACCAAGUAUGAACCUACAGCUGAAGGAGAGAGAGAAAAAUGAUCACAAGGGAGCGGACAACUGCAGUUCAAUCCUGAUAACUUCUUGUUUCUACAGUGUGAGUUUCAAUGGUAGAGAUUGGAGGCAAUGGGAAAUGCAUCUCCAUUUAUCCCUGAUAAAAUUGCAAGAGACAAAGAAUCAAAUGAAUGAUGUUGCAGCUAGGAGUUCAAUACAUACCACUGGCGCACACAUCAGGUAUUCAGUUUAUUAAGCACUGCUGGACAAACAUAUCAGCUUUAUUAAUGUCAUUUGUAUUUUUAGAGAGUUCACCAACUUUUUUUUUAUGAAGGCCAAUCAAUCAUUAUAGAAGUCAUUGUUAACCCAUUGUGGUAAUACAACUCCCCAAGUUACAAUUCAAUUGGUAUAGAGGAUGUGCAUCCAGUUUAUAGUGAAACAAUGGACAAUGGUCUGACUUCAUAAACGCAGGUCCCCUCAUUUUGUGAGUUCUGUCGAGAAAAAGGAGACACUUUUCCUUGCUUCAAUGCAUGCAGGCAUAUAUUCAAUUUGCACCACAUUUUACUAUUAACGAUAACUUUAAAUUUAGCUUUUUCCCAGUUUUAUCUGGUGUUGCUACAUACAUGGUAUGAUCUCAAGUUGAAGGAAUAUACAGGCUGUACAAAUAAUGUCAAAAAAUCUUUAUAUACCUCCGUGCAUUUUUCAUUUAUUUUCACUGAUGAUCUAAGGAUUAAUUUAAGCCACAGGCCAAGAGGGGCUGAUCAAGAGAUAGUUUUCCUAUCCUAGUGACUUUUAAAAAUGCAUUUGCUAGUCCUUAUCUAAAUUCUGUCUGCAAAACAAAAUUGUUUUGUGGCUAAAAUGUCCUAUUGGAUGUGACUUCAAGCACCAGUUGGCCAAAAUGCUCACACAUCUUGCAAUUACAAAUGCAAAGUUUGCAUAGCCCGCAGAGAAACUAUUUUAAAUCCAUUCUCUCACAACGCUUAGUCUUUCAGUAAAUAAGCAACAGAUAUAUUGUAAGUUUCUCAUUGCUAAAGUUUCCCUUACCCAUCAAACGUUUUAUCUGAAAAUAUGUACGAGCCAAUCAAUACUAUCAUGUUCUCACUGUGGUCCAGGCCCAAAUUCCUGCUCUUGAUAUUGUCAGCCUCAAAGCUGUGAGUAGAUUGGUGACCUCUCAUAGAAACUAUCAAAUAAUGACAAUGGUGUGGUUUCUGCAAUAGAGGGUAAUCCACAGAGCCUCAGCUGAAAACUGAAAAUUCUAUUCCUGCAACUUCCUGGGAUUGUAAUGGCCAUGUAUGUUAAUUUAAGGCUUGUCCAUGUAUUUUAAACCUUGUGUAAUCCCAGGGCAUUUUAUGCCUGGUAUCAAUACAGUGCUCCCCCCUUUGCAUGUUAUUUUUCUUCACGUGCAGUUUUCAAUAUCAAUGUAAUCACAUCAUUUAAUUUUAUUUUGCAAGAAUUGCUGCUCUCUGAAUGUAGCCUCAAAGAUUUCACCUAGAGGAGAGCUCUUUAGUCAAGAUGAGGUUUUUCAGUCUAGAUUUUCAGGCAGAAGAAACCCUUGAAUAUUUAAGAGUGCAGAAAGAAAAUCUCCUUCUCACAAUCAUUUGGUCCGUGUUUCCUGCUGAAGUUUAUAACCUACACCACUACAUCUAUUCAAACCCCAUUCAUACGAGGAUCUAGGUCCCAUAUAAUGACCACUUUUUUGCACUGGUGGUCUCUGCUCUUAAUUAAUCAGGAGCAACACUGCAACAUAUUAAGAUGUCAUGCAAUGUUUCAAUAUAUUACAUUGCAUACUUCAUCACUAGGUAAUUUCACCACAUUGUUGUACGAUCAUAUUACCAGUCUUAACGUUCUUUUAGGAAAGAGAUGAGGUGAAAUUUCUUGUCAGAGGAUGGUGAAUCUGUGUGAAUUUUUUGCCACAGAAGGCUGUGGAGGCCAAGUCAGUGAAUAUUUUCAAAGCAGAGAAAGAUACAUUUCCGAUUAGUAGUCAGGGGUAAUGGGGUUAGGAGAGAAAGAUAGAUCAGCCAUGAUUGAAUGGUGGAGUAGACUUGAUGGUCCGAAUGGCCUAAUUCUACUAUCACUUAUGACCUUAUGAACAUGACAAAGUUUGUCAAAAAAUAACUUUGCAAUCUUCGUUAAAAGAAUCAGAUAGCAGAGCAGACAACAUUCACAGUCGGUAUUAUUUGUUAUUUACCUGUUUUAUCAGAGAUUUAGUGAUAGGAAUAAAAACAGGGAUCCCUGCGAACAAUUUGCAAGCAAAACAGCUCCUCGCAUUAAUAAAAAUCUUGGUGCCAAUAAAAAUCCUCAGUCACACUAAUAGCUGGAAGCAUGUGACUGAAAUAUCUAUCUGCAGUGUUUGAUCAGUGCAGAACAGCUGCUCACUGCCUCACCAUUCCUACAUUUAUCACUUCAACCUCUUACCUGGUAAUCCUUUAGCAGGUUUGGAAAGCCAUUAUAAUUCAUCAUUUUUAAUUAGAUAUUCCCAAAUCAUACAAAAAUGUCCUCUAACUACUUCACUUGGCAGGUUAUCUGUAAGCAUCUGAUUGCUUGCUUUAUAUUUGGAAAACUUUGUACAAUGGCCACAUCAAAUUGAUAGUACAAUGUUAGGUCAGAAGCAGUCACAUGCACUCCCCCCACUGACAGCCCCCAGCUGUGAAGCUUUAAGUCCCUGGUAAUGUUCUCACCCACUUCUCCCACGUCCCCAAGGUGCCUGUUGGAGCCAGCAAAAACAUGAGAGUUUCUGUCUUACAGGCCUCUAACUAACUGAUCGGUGGCUUACUCUGACUGAAAAAUAUGGAGAAUAGUGCCGAGAGAUUGCAGGUCUCUAUUCAAGGUUGCCUGACUACAUGACAUUAAUUUCAAACUGCAUUAACUGGACACUCUGAAUCCAAAUGUUCAGCUUAUUAUAAACUUAGGAUGUUGCAAGUUUGUAAUAUGCAACCAUCGCAGAUGUUUAUAUACAAGGACCACCUAAAAUCUGUAUUUACUUGAUAUGGGUCAAAUGGAUUAUUAUCCAGAAAUGUAUUCUCAGUCAGUGAUACUAAAAGCAGCUGUUUGCUGUUUGCAUUCUGCUCCUGACUUCAAUGGAACUGAAUUGUAAAAGGGGAGUGAUAUUUUCAGCUGCUGGCAUCUUAACACAUUUUGCACUACUGAUUGGAGGUAAUUUUUUUAAAGCAUUUUAAAUCGCAAGAACAUUAGAAGCAAGAGCAGGAGAAGGCCAAUCAGCCCCUUGAGCCUGUUCAUGGCUGAUCCAAUCUUUCCCAAGCCACUUGACUCCCAUGUAGUUUAAAUGCCUUUUAAUCUUAGUGGUAAAUAUCAGCAGCGACUGCCUCCACUGAUGUCUGGGGUAAGACAGGUGGAAGAUAACCUUUAGAAAAGACAUGAGGAGAUGAAUGUAAUUCUAAGUGUCUUUUUAAUAACACAGCCCAAUAAUAAAAAAAACACAGCCAUAGAGCCACAGCAUGGAGCAGGCUCUGUGUGAGUUUUUGCCUCCAAUGAAGUAACCCAGUAGUACCACACUGAUCCCAAUUUUAUUCUCUCAGCAUUUCCAUCAACUCCCCUCUCCCACAACCGCCACCCCCCUCUCCAUUGGUCCCUCCCAAUUCUACUACUAAUCACCUACACACGUGGGGCAAUUUACAGCUGCUAAUUAAUCGACCAACCCGUGUGUUUUUGUGGUGUGGGAGGAAGCCACAGCACCCAGGGGAAAUCCACGCAGUCACUUGGAGAACGUGCAAAUGCCGGAGAUUGGAGGUGGACAGGAUUGAGCUCUGAUUGUUGGAGUUCCAUUAUUCCAGCCACUCUGUUGCCCCUUCUCAGAAAAGUUCAAUCAAUCCCGUUCCCCGGUUUGUUUUCGUGCAAUCUAAUCCUACUCACGUGCACCUUAACUGCCACCUGACUCACUCGCCCACCUCUCACCUUCACACCAUUAACCACCCGGCCAGCAUCUCUCUUGAAAUGUGGGAGGAAACCAACAUUGUCACAGGGACAAAGUGCAAACGCCACAAAAGCAACACCAGGGGUCAGGAUCGAACCCAGGUCACUGGAGCUGUGAAACAGCAGCCCAUUCUGCCACCCUUGCAUUGGUGCAUUAAAACCACUUUUAUAACAGAGAGCUGGAACAGAUAGAGACACAUCAAUCUUUACACAAGCAGCUCCCGAUAACGCAGUAGAAUGUAAUAACAGGGAGACCAUCUUCUCAGUGAAAGACUUAAAAUCUAAAGACUUAAUACUUCUGCCUUGUGGCUCUCCUAGUGAUCACUAUUAUGUCCUAUUUUAUUGAACAAGAGUCCUGUAGAGUUUCCUUGAUGAAUUAGAUUAAUGUGUGUGUGGCAUACAGAGAGAGAAGGAGGGAGAGGCAAUUGUCUUUAAUUGAAGGAUUAAAAAAAAAAUCUUUAUCCGAUUCUCCUUAGCUUUUAUAUUGCUCUUCCUACAAUUAAUUUUGAUUAAAUUUGUACUUUUGCAAGGGUAUUGUGCUUUACGCUCCCUCCAUCUACUAGUAUUCCAGAUUAAUUUGAUGCCCGACCUGAGAACCAUUCUUUACGAUCCGCCAAGUCUGACUGGUCCUAUCCUGUAAAGAGUUAAUGCCAUGAGUUUGCCUCUGAUUGAAUCAUGCUGGCAAUCCAUUGUUGUGCAGCGCUCUCCUUCAUUUGCUGUUUUUUCCUUCCAUCCAUCCAGUUUAAUUGGGCAGUGUAUAUAAUUUUCAGCUCCACCAUCGAACCUCCACAGAGUCUAGAUGCCUCUUUACGUCUGAAGGUUAUGUGAUGCUGUGUGACCACGCUCAAUAACAAUUCAAUAAAAUCAGUCAUCACCGAAAAUUCUGGAGCCACAAAUCUCAUUUUGCUUUUAAUACAACUGACUACUGGCACAUUUAUUAUUAUAUUUCUGGUGUGGAAAUUAUCUCCUUAUCCUGUAUAAUGCAGAGUGGUUAGAGUCCUUAGGGGGCAGAGAAAACCUUGUCCACUGGUGAAGAUCAAGGCAGGCAGACAGCAGAUGGAUUUGAUUGUUCUGUGUCUUGUGUAGACCUGGGGAGUAGACUUGGGAGGUUAGACAUAGAGAAACGAGCGCAGGAGAAGCUCAUGGUGGGUUGUGACUGAAUGAUGCCUGACAGGAAAGCCUUUCAGUCUUUUGUAUUACAAAAUAAAUUCUGUAGCCCUCUUAAACCCAGCAUAAAAAAUCUGUCAUUCACCUCCCAGGGACUGCGUCAUUCAAACUCGAGUUGGACAUAAUAGCAAAAUUGCUUUUCUCAAGGCAUGCACAGCCAGGUUCAGAAUACAAAAGUAUCACGCUUUGGGGAGAAGGGGAAAAAAAAAAAGAGAGAAAAUGAAGUUUCAGAAAUGUCAUUCUGAGGUAAUGAGGCGUGGGCAGAAAGUAUACCCCGCGCAUCAUUUGAUAGAGAUGCUGGUCGAAAUAGCUUCAUUGAUGUGUCAGCUCUCGUCUAUCAAUCAAUCAUCCAUUACACUUUGCAAGUAACAAUAACUGCAAAAGCUACAGGGCAGCUUAUACAGUAGAAUUCACUUAUGGGUAUAAAAAACAGCAGUUAAAAUGCAGUUUUGACAUGAAAAGCAUGAAGCAGGUGAUUUUUUUCCCUUUAUGGCAGGAGGGAAAGAUGCUCUAGACCAAGAAGCUCGUUUGGUGUUAUGGUCGUGGUUUGACUUUAUUUAAUGUUGCAUCCAGAUUCGGAAAGGAAAGUUGGUUCACUCCUUUUAUCUUUAGCACCACACGUCGAGAAACGAGUCGAGCAGGAAAGAAGGCCGCACUUCGCCAAACACCUCGUUUGUACACAGAAAUGAGGAAUUAAAAUUAUAUCAUCGAUAAUCAAUUUUCCAAAGUGACAUACAGCUCCUCUAUUGACCCAGAGCUGCACAGUGAACAGCUUUUUGCUUUGGAUUCCAUAUGUUCUGUUGUUUUGCAAAUCUCUUUGCAGUGUGCCAACUUGAGGGCAGUAUUUUGAUUAUUUUUUUUGGAUCUGGCUCGCCUCCAACGUAGAUUAAAAUUAUUAAUGUUUUACUUUAGGAAUCCUUUUGAUUAUGGUUAUCCAUCAUUUUUUUUUGUAAAACAGAGAAUGAUAUUUCAACAAAACCUGCUCAGCAACAAUUUUUAAACAUGUGUUUUGAAGGUAAUUGCCUCCUGGAUUUGCCGUCACCAAAAUAUGCAAUUUUCUUUCAAUUCAGAUGCGAAGCUAUUGUUAAAUUAAAAUCUUCAACUUGCGAGUCAUCAUACUGACAGCAAGCUUCUGUUUAAAGUCAUGCCUAUGGCUAGAGGCACUAAGAGAACCAGUUAGUCCUGUUCUUCACUCUUAUGUCUGUGCUCUGAUGCCCAUUCUAAUUGCUGGCAGGUCAGACAGCAAAUAAAAUUUGAUGCAUGCCAGCAAAGAUUGUAUCUCUAUGUCCACAUUUGGAUGUAAAAAGCUACGUUUGUUGAAAGGAUAAGAUGCACUUGGCAAAUAUAUCCAGAUCACAGAUUUACGUCUGUGUUGCUGUUUCAAACAAAUAGCAUUUACAGCAAGGGGCACUAACAAUGAGAAUCACAUCUUCAUAUCUUGCGAUGACUAAUCAGUGGCAAUUUGAGAACGCCAAUGUGUUGAAGUUAGUCUAUUGAAUUUAAUUUGGUAGUGUUUGAUCUUUUCUCCUAAAUUCCUUUCUCUCUCGUGCAAAUGGCUGAAGUAAGAAUUUGAAUAGGGCAAGACUUCCUGCAGAACAAUAAAAAGCCAAAUGGCCAACAUCAUUCUGUGUUGGUGUUAAACCUGCAUUACAAUUGUCUAGCUCUGUUAUUUUAAAAAGUUUAAUUAGUAAGUAACGUUACAUUCCCACGACCAAAGUAUUUAUCCAGUCACAUCCGGUGUCACAAUAUUGCAAGAUGAAUGCACUAUUACAUGACAAGGAGUAAAGCAUGUUUGGAUUUCAUUAUUAGCAAACGAUAAUGUUCACCCCAUUAAUUUUGACCUGUUACUGGUGUAUGGAUGUUAUCAGGACAUUCUAAAGAUGCCCUGGGAAGGAAUGAUCAUUGCAGUGGCAUAAAUCUCAGUGGAAAUGAGUGUAUCCCAAUUGAUUUCAGUUUGUGAAGCUCUGGACUGGAAUCUGAAUUGCAGCCAACAAAAAUACACAGCUCGUCAUAUUAACUAGUGCCGAAUAGUUUUGAUUCCCAGUAAGAGUAGAUCUGCAUAUGUAAAGGCUCAGAUGUUUGACAACACUUGCAAGGACAUACAGCCAAAUAAAAAGAAGUAAUCACACAGCUGCCAGAGCAGCAAACAUCCACAAGUCCUUCAUUGAAACAGAAUAAAAAUUAAAUAGAAAAUCAAAUCAUGGAAAAUAAGUAAAUGCCCGUCCCCUAAAAUUGGAUAGAUUACAAAAACAUGAGAUCCAUGUUUCAUUAUUACAUUGUAAUAUUCAUUCAAAUUGUUAGAUUUUAAUUAGAUGAAGAUAAGGGAUAGGGUUUAUUUUCAGGAUAAUUAAAAUAGCUAUAACCAGACAGAGAGAGAACAAUUAGAAUAUGGUACACAGCAGUAUCCUACAAGUGCUGGACUCUGUACUGCUAUCUGGAAAGUGACCAAACACUUUGCAAACUUGGUACUCAAAUUAGAGUUAACCACCACAAAGAACAGCUGAUAUAAGCCUUCUAAUAUAAUUUUCUUGCUAAAAAGCAGUAACAUGGAGAGUAUAGAUUAAAUAUAUCUUUAGAAAUGGAAAAUGAAGUGACCCAAUUAGCAAUGCAAAGACUACCAUAAGGGUGUCAUUCACAUGACGUUGCCACAGUAGUGUUAUGUAUUUUUUUAACCCUUGCAUAAUUAGCAGCUUGUGUUAACAUUCCUUAAACUGAACUUCCAUCCACAUAUUGCACCUGGUACAGGCCUGUCACAGCAGUAAUAAAAUCAAAUCAGCGUGGUGUUUCAGAUAAAUUUGGGGAAAUCAGCAGGAUUGUGGAGACCCAAAGAUCGAUCUUUUUUUCUUUACACAAUGAAUGAAUUUCAUACCGGUGUCAUCUUUUGAAAAUGAAGGAGAACUAGAGUGCUGUAAACAUUUGUCUGAACACACUAAAAAUAACAAGGACUUGCAGCAAACAAGAAACAAAAGCUCGUAGCUAAGUAUCGAUUCCAGACAACUAGAACCUUGUAUUAUACUAGUUGCUUUUCCACAGAUACAACGGGGCAAUAAAAUGGUUAAAUCCGAGUACUCUACAUAACUGUGCUGUUUAUGUAAAAAAUAACCAGAGAUAUUCAAGAUGGCUGACACCAGUAGCCCUCUGGUUACUUCAUGUACCCUUAUAGUUUACUCAAGUCUAAAUAUAGCCUGCUAAUACUUAUUCAGACAUUUUAUAACUCAAGUGCAUGUUGUAUAUAAAUAUUCUUACCUUCAUUUUUUUUAAACUUCCAGUUGUAUACUUACUUGAAGCUCAAAGACUUGGG